AAAAGGGGGAAAAUAAAUAAAAUACGGGUCAAAUCCUCCUUUCGGGAAUCCUUGCUUCCGCGGCUCCCCCAGGCCCCGGCAGCCGGCAGCACCCAGCCUCCGUCCCCCCGCGGCCUCCUCCCCCGCAUCCGGCGCCGGUUUCCUCCUCCCCUCUCCUCCGCCAUGAUGGACCUGGAUCCCCGCCUCUACGAGAACGUCUCUGUCAGCGACAACGAUGUUCGCAACAUAGUGCUAUCUUAUCUCAUGCACAACUGUUUUAAGGAGACAGCAGAGACAUUCCUAUCCAGCACUGGGUUGAAGUUACCUAUUGAUUAUAGCGUGGAUGUGGAUAAGCGUAAAGCAAUUUUUAAUUUUGUGCUGGAAGGGAAUGCCCUGAAGGCCAUAGAGCUCACAGAAGAGCUGGCGCCUAACUUGCUGGAGAAUGAUAUGGAUUUACAUUUUGAUCUUUUAAGUCUUCACUUCAUUGAGCUUGUUCGUUCCAGAAAAUGCACAGAAGCUCUUGAGUUUGGCCAGAAAAAGUUGACAUCGUUUGGGAAAGUUUCCAAGUAUGUUGAGAAACUAGAGGACUUUAUGGCCCUACUAGCAUAUGAAGAACCCGAGAAAGCACCUAUGUUUCAUCUACUAAGCCCCGAGUAUAGGCAGAAUGUUGCAGAUAGCUUGAAUCGGGCUGUCCUUGCACAUGCAAAUCUACCUGCAUAUUCAUCAUUGGAGAGAGUAGUACAGCAAGCGGCUGUGGUUAGGCAAUACCUACAGCAGGAAGUUGGCAAGGAUUCUUACCUACCAUUUUCUUUGAAACCCUUUCUGAGCAAGUAAGGUGCAACCAAUCAAUUCUUCAGAAAGGCUACCACCUCCAGGCCAUUGGGCAUCUGUACCCUUACAGAGUGCAUAAACGAUGAAGCAGUUUAUACAAUUCAGAGAACCGUCUUCUCGAUUGACUUUGUCACCAUGUCUGCAGUUGCAGUGGUGUACUUUGAAAGAGGGACGUUGUACGUUUCUGUUUCCUUAGUUUAUGUUCUGUUUUUUCUUCCCCUCCUUGACAAUUGACAUAGAUAAGCAUGUACAUAUGGUCCGCGUUGAGCUAUUCUGUAUGGUCAUUCGAUGAGCUCAGUUUGAGCCAGUCUGUUGUGCAGUAUGUGCCUGACGCAAAUGAUUCAGGCCAAGCUGGUUUUUGGUCGUGUCUUCAUUCCUAGGUGAUAAUGAGUAGUAUAAAACUAUUAUAUAUAAUAUGUAUAUGAAUCCCUAAGGUACCCUAGAUAGAUAUCAUGUAUUUAGGAAGAGAAUCUAUAGAGGUAUGAAAACUUUCUGUCAAGAUAUAUUGUAAA